AUGUUUUCAAUCUAUAAAACAAUUCAUCCUCCUACUGGUAUUGAACAUGCUGUUUGGGCUCGUUUUAUAUCUCCAUUAGAAAAUAGUUUAAUAUUAAGUAGUGCAAACUAUUUAUAUGUUUAUCGUAUUACUUCGCAUGCAUUAAAAUUUGAAUGUUUACAUACAUUUGUUCUAUGGGGAAAUAUUUGUUCAAUAACACCAUGUCGUCUUGGUCCAUCAUCAUCAUCAUUAAUACCAUCAAAAGAUGCUUUAUUUUUAUCAUUUAUGGAUGCUAAAUUAUCUUUAAUUGAAUUCGAUCCGACAAUACAAGAUUUAAAAACUUUAUCAAUGCAUUAUUUUGAAGAUGAAUUAGCUAAAGAAGGUCAAUGGUUUAAUUAUUCACCACCUAUUGUACGUGUUGAUCCUGAUAUGCGUUGUGCUUGUAUGCUUAUUUAUAAUUCAAAACUUGUUAUUAUACCAUUUUUUAGUCAAUUGGAUAGAGAAAUUAUUACAAGUGAAACUAUACCGAGUACAGCAAAUAUAACACCUGGUAGUUCAAGAAGUUCAUCUUUAUCUUCUUAUAUUGUUCAUUUAAAAAAACUUGAUGCAUCAUUAACUGGUCGUAUAAUUGAUUUACAAUUUUUACAUAGUUAUUAUGAACCAACAUUAUUCAUAUUAUGUGAAUCAAGUCGAACAUGGGUUGGUCGUGUAGCUGUAAAAAAAGAUACAUGUUGUAGUGUUGCACUUUCAAUAAAUGUUGCUCAAAAAUCUAAUCCAGUUAUAUGGCCUGUUGAUAAAUUACCAUUUGAUUGUCUUAGUUGUUUAUCUGUACCUAAACCUAUUGGUGGUAUUCUUGUUUUAGCAACAAAUUCAAUUAUUUAUCUUAAUCAAAGUAUUCCAGCUUAUGGUGUUGCAUUAAAUACAUUAACACGUGAUUCAACAAAAUAUCCAUUAAGACCAUUAUAUGAUCUUAAAAUAGCACUUGAUCUAGCUGAAGCAAUAUUUAUAUCUAAUGAUAAAGUUCUUAUAUCAAUUAAAACAGGUGAUAUUUAUUUAUUAACAUUACAUACAGAUACAAUGCGUACAAUGAAAGAAUUUACAUUUGAUCGUAUUGGAUCAACUGUAUUAUGUAAUUGUUUAUGCAAAUGUGAUGAAAAUUUAAUAUUUUUUGGUUCACGUCUUGGUAAUUCUUUACUUCUUCGUUUACAUGAAAAUACAAUUAUAGAUCCAACAUCAAUUGAUACAAUUGAAACAAUGAAUGGUGAUGAAAAUGAAAAUAUUCGUAAUGAUAUUCAUGAACAAUCUGAAUUAAUAAAUGAAUCAAUGAAUAAAACAAAUUUAUCUGAUAGUAUUGAUAAUGAUAUAAUUAUUUCUAAUAAUAAAAAUGAUAUUAUAUUUUUUACAAGUGAAAUUGAUACAAAUGAAUCAAAAAAACAAACAUAUACAUAUUCAUUUGAAUAUUGUGAUAAUCUUAUUAAUAUUGGUCCAUGUGGUUAUGCUAUUGUUGGUGAAGGUGAUAGUGAAGAAAUACGUUUAUUACAACGUCAUUUACCAUUACAUUAUCAAACAACACCAUUAGAUUUUGUUACAACAUCUGGUACAAAUAAAUGUGGAUCUAUAUCAAUAUUACAACAAACAAUUAAACCUGAAUUAAUAACAACACAAGCAUUACCUGGUUCAAUUGAUAUGUGGACUGUUUAUUCAUCAACAAAUGAACAAAAUGAAAAACGUGAACAUUCAUUUAUAUUAAUAAGUCAAGAAACAUCAACAUUAAUAUUUCAAACUGGUAUUGAUAUAACGGAAUUAGAACAAGGUGGAUUUUUAACAAAUGAACAAACAAUUUUUUGUGGAAAUAUUGGUGAACAAUUAAUUGUACAAAUAACAAGAUUACAUAUUAUACUUUUACGUGAUAGUACACAAUUACAAAUGAUUUCAUUUGAAAAUAAUCCAAUACGUUUUGCAACAAGUCUUGAUCGUUAUUUAGCUAUAUUAACAACACAUGGUAUUAUUCAUAUUUAUUUACUUGUAGACAUUAAUAAUGAACAAUCAAAACUUAUUGAAUAUUAUAAAUUAAAUGAUAAAAAAUAUAUAUGUGUUAAUUUAUAUACUGAUCAUAGUGGAUUAUUUACAACAACAAUAAAUAAUAAUAAUAAUAAUAAUAAUAUGAAUAAUAUUUAUUCGCAUUCAACAAUAUUAAAUUCACCUAAACAAGAAAUAAUUCAACAAACUAUUGUAUCUUUACCAUCGAAUCCACUUGAUUCAACAGAAUUUACUGGAGGUGAUGAUGAAGAUGAAUGGUUAUAUGGAGGAAAAACAAUUGAAAAUCCAUUAGCAUCUAUAACAACUAUUGAACCUAUGGAUAGUUCAAAUAUUUCUACAACAACAAAACCUCUUCCUUUAAAUAAUAAUAAUAAUGAUAAUGCAAUAAAUAUUAUUCCAACUACACGUUGGUUAAUAGCUAUUAGUAAAGAUGGAACAUUAAGUAUACAUGAAUUAAUGACUGAUGAAACAAAAUCAGCAAUAAUACGAUAUGAAAUAGCACGUUUUAAUAGUGGACUUAAAAUACUUGUCGAUGUCAAUGAUGCAAGUCCAUUAAUGACACAUUAUCUAGGCAAAAUUGAAACAUCAUGUUCAGCAUAUGUUUAUGAAUUACUUGUUAUUGGUUUAGGACCAAAAAAAGAUCGAGUGUAUAUGAUUGCACGAAUUGAUGAAGAUCUUAUUUUAUAUGAAGCUUUUCCCUAUCAAAAUUUACCAGAAGAUCGUUUAAAAUUACGUUUUCAUCGUGUAACAUGUAAUGCAUUAGUUCGAACAAAAAAAUCGAGUGCAAAAAAAAAUGCUGCAAAAAGACAAAAAGAUGCUGCACAAUUACAACAACAACAAAAUCAAGUAAAACAAAAUCCUAAUGCUCAUGAACCACUUCCAGUACAAACUGAUCUACUUGAUGAUGAAAUGAAUGAAUAUCAACGAAUGUUAUUAAGACCUUUUAAUGAUGUAGCUAAUCAUUCUGGGAUAUUUAUAUGUGGUACUCAUCCAUAUUGGUUAAUAUGGUCUAAAGGUAAUUUACGAGCUUUUCCAAUGAAUGUCGAUGGAGCAAUAAAAACAUUUGCUGAAUUUAAUAAUAAUAGUUGUCCUAAUGGUUAUUUAUAUUUUAAUCAAAAAGAUGAUUUAAGAAUAUCUGUUAUGCCAUCAAAACGAAUAUUAGAUACACCAUGGCCUCUACAAAAAAUUCCAUUUAAACAAACAGUACAUUUCUUAUGUUAUCAUGUUGAAAGCAAAUUAUAUGCUGCAACUAUAAGUACUAAUGAACCAACAAAUACAUUAGUACAACCAUCCGGUGAAGAUCGUGAAUCAAUAACAUAUCAAAAAGAAUCUAAUUUUCUUUUACCUUUACGUGAACAGUUUUUUGUACAACUUUAUUCAGCUAUUAAAUGGGAACCAAUUCCAAAUGCUAAAAUAACUAUGAACGAAUGGGAACAUGUAACAUGUAUGAAAACUAUUGCAUUAAGAUUUCAAGGAAAUUUAAUGAAAACUUAUAUUGCUAUUGGUACAGCUAAUUGUUUUAAUGAAGAUGUUGUUAGUAGAGGACGUGUUAUUCUAUUUGAUAUUAUUGAAGUUGUUCCAGAAGUUAAUCAACCACUUACUAAACAUAAAUUAAAAAUUGUUCAUGAUCGUGAAGAGAAAGGUCCUGUAACAGCCGUAGAUUCAAUUCUUGGUUAUUUAGUUGCUGCUGUUGGUCAAAAAGUUUAUAUAUGGCAAUAUCAAAAUAAUAGUUUAAAAGGCAUUGCUUUUGUUGAUAUACAAAUAUAUUGUCAUCGAAUGGUAACAAUAAAAAAUUAUAUUCUUAUUGGUGAUGUACAUAAAAGUAUUGCUUUAUUACGUUAUCAAGAAAAUAUGCGCGUUUUAUCAUAUGUUAGUCGAGAUUCACGUCAAUUAGAUAUAUUUGCAACAGAUUUUUUUAUUGAUCAAUCCCAUAUACAAUUUGUUGCUACAGAUUCUGAUCGUAAUAUGUAUAUUUAUGCUCAUGCUCCAACACAAAAAGAAACUCAAGGUGGACAAUGGCUUUUACGAAAAUCAGAUUUUCAUAUUGGAUAUCCUGUUACAUCAACAAUAAGAAUGUUAGUUAAUGUGAAUAAUUUAACAGCAAAACAAAAUUUUGAAAAUAAACAAGCUUUAUUAAUGCCAACUCUUGAUGGUGCUAUUGGUUGUCUUGUACCUUUAAAUGAAAAAAUCUUUCGACGACUAGCUAUGUUACAAAAUUCGUUGACAACAAUGUUUCCACAAUACUGUGGCUUAAAUCCAAAAAGUUUUCGAAUAUGUAAAACACGACGAAAACAACUUGAUAAUCCUCAAAAAAAUACUCUUGAUGGCGAUUUACUUUGGCGAUAUUUUGAUCUUAGCUUUAUUGAACGUAAUGAAUUACUCAGUCGUCUUGGAAUGACACCAGAUCAAUUCCACGAAGAUCUGACUGAUAUUGCACGAGCUGUGACUUUAUUCUAA